UAUCGAUUUCAUUUGAGUUAUCUGAUAACAAUAGAGAGGGUCCCAAAAGGAUACCAAAAUCAAGAAAGGUUCUCUUCAUUCAUUUCAAGAAGAACACAAAGAAAAUGGGAAAUAGUUUAGGCGGAAAAAAGACUGCGAAAGUCAUGAAAAUUGAUGGCCAAAUGAUCAAAUUCAAGAUUCCAGUACGUGCCGUGGAUGUAGUAAAGGACCAUCCAGGGUUCGUUUUGUUAGAAUCCGAGGCAGUGAAACAUUAUGGGAUUCGAGCAAAACCCUUAGAACCACAGCAAGAGCUUAAGCCAAAAAGGCUCUAUUUUCUGGUAGAAUUGCCCAAGUUUCCUCAAGAGAAAAACCCGAGGCGAGUUAGGUCAGGCAUUCAAAUGAGUGCCAAGGACCGGCUCGAGAGCCUAAUGCUGGCGAGAAGGUCUGUAUCGGAUCUGUCAAUAAUGAAACCACCGAGCCUUGCUGUCGACGAGGAGGCUGCGGUUCAAGAAAAGUCAGAAAAUGGCGGUGCAGUGAGGUUGAAGUUGAGGCUUCCCAAGGCGGAGUUGGAGAAGUUGAUGAUGGAUAGCAAGAAUGAGUCAGAGGUGGCAGAGAAAAUUGCCAACCUUUAUAUGGCCAACACCGGCGCCACCACCGACUUUGUCAGCACCUUGGAACCCAACAAGGUUCAACAUGGUGGUGCAUCAAUGCAGCAACAUGGGAAUUGGAAGGCUGAUCAUGGUAUCAUGAAAAGUGGCCUCAAAUCUCGCGAGAAACGCGUCGGGUUUUCGCCAAUAAUGGAAGGAGAGAUCCAACUUGCUAUGGCUUCUUAGCUGCCAAGAAAUCAUACUUUUGAAGCAAGUUAAACAAAUAGCAUAGCCAACAUUUACAUUUUCACUCGGAAUUCCCUAAUAAGAGUUCCCAACAACUAGCAGAUCUAAUGUUUCUGUUACUUUUUGUGUGUAUAUAUAUAUAUGUGGCAAUGUUAAGAAGCUGAGAAUGAAAGUUUAGCUUUAGGUUGAGCUUCAAGAGGGAUUGUGAAAGAGUAGAUGUUCAUGGUCGACCAUGUACAUUAAAUCUUUUUCAUUAUUCUGAGACAAUAAAGAAUACUAUACAUGACAAGGGAGAUGUAUUCACCCUUAUAUAUCAUCCCAGUAAGUUCACUUUUCUUAUUUUGUUGUAAUGCACCAGAAAUAAGUCAUUAAUCUUACA